AUGUUAGAUCAGAGGGUGAUUUCGCUUGCUCCAGAGGGGGAUUCCGGCGAGGCUCCUCGUGCCAGAAGACCCCCUCGCUUACGGAGAGCCCUCCAGCGGUUGCUUGCUGAAGACAUCGAACGGACGAGAGUUGAAAAACCGAGCCGCAGCCCACCGCCAACUCAAGGAAUAUUUGCAACUCCUGAGAACGAUUCUUUCCGUCGAUCGUACUCCUACAGCGACUUGGAUCACACAGCGCAAGAUAUCAGGCUGGUUCGUGUCUUCAAAGACUGUCACUGCAACUUGAUCCAGUGCGAGUUCCUCCCGCAGUCAAGCCUUCAAGAAGCGAGUGGAAGGUAUCACACUCUAUCUUAUUGUGCAGGCGACCCGUUGAAAACGAAACCUAUCCUCUUAGAAGGUGUCCAGUUCAAUGUAUUUUCCAACCUAUAUCACGCCCUAGAGAAGACUCUAGCAAUUUGGAAUCCGGGAGGAGAAUGCAUCCUCUGGAUCGAUCAAAUUUGCAUCAAUCAGCACAAUGACGCUGAACGGUCUCACCAGGUCGGCUUCAUGCGGGAUAUUUACACCAACUCCCGAGGAACCUUCAUAUCGCUUUCAACGGCCGAUACAGGUGGGACUGGCCCAAACGGACUGGACUGGCUGAAAGAAUUUGACGAGGCCUAUGAAGCGUAUCGACGGGGUGGCGCCAAGCACAAGGUGUUGUUCGACAUAUCAAGCGCAUUCCGAUCCCCGCGCAACAUCGUCCAGCACAUCUUACAAGAAAAUCUUUCAAGUCCCGCUUUCAUGGAAGGUUGGGCUUCUUUCUAUGAUUUCGUUCAGUGUCCUUGGUGGAGACGCGCCUGGAUACAUCAAGAGUUCAUAUGCUCACCCAAGGCCAUCUUCAUGUACCACGACAGCACUAUUUUGUCCUCGCGCACUUCCUUCCUCUUACUCCUCUGCCAAGUCUUGCAGGACUUUCGAAUAGACGACUACUUCUACCAUCUGGCGACGAGAUAUAGGGCUAGAGCGACGAAGGGCGAUAGAGAUCGCCUGAUAGAGGUGUACAAGAGAAACAUGCAUGCCUCCGACUCGCUUAAGGCUAUAGAGCUGCUACUAAACAGUAAAACGACUUGGAGGGGUGAUGAGGACCUUAAGAAGGUCCUAGCUGGGUCUCGACACUGCAGAAGCUCUGAUCCCAGAGACCGAGUCUUUGCUUUCUUAGGACUGGCGCACCCUGGAUAUGAUGUCGAAACCAAUUAUGGCAAGUCCAACACCCUCGAUGCCAUUAUCUUGCAUACGGCCAAGAAAAUUUUCGAAUUUGAGAGAGACCUGGAGAUUCUGGCCUUCGCCGUCAGAACGACCAAGGCAAGGCUGGGCGUAUUACCGUCUUGGGUGCCAGAUUGGGCGUCAACUGAGAUUUUAGAGGAUGGCCACUUCGCAGAGCUUCCAGGGCAGGACAAACAAUUCCGGCAUGACGCUAUCGGUUCAUCUGUUAUCCAGCUCUCUCCUGACGCCAAUAACGUCGUUCUACGAGUCCGAGGCCUGCAUAUAGAUACCCUGGAACGACAUCUACCUGUAUGGGCCAACGCUUUUUACGACGCAGCUUUCGUGACAAUUCGUGGCCAUACAGUUCGAAGCAGAUCUUUUGCGCAGGAAGGAGACGAGCUCUGGAUGCUCAUGGGCUCAAAAUGGCCUUUCGUUCUCCGGCCAUGUGCAAAUGGAUACAUGGUCAUAAGCGAGGCAGAGAAUAUCGACCUGUCAGCAAGGCCGGCGGAGAAGAUACACUCUGAUGAGAUUCUGAGCCGUAUGAGAAAGGGACUUGAAAGAUUACGUAUCAUCUACCUUUGUUGA